GGGAGGAGAAGGAGGAAGAGGGUGGAGGUGGGGGUGGGAAGGGAGAGACCAUAUAUAGCAAAUGCUGAGGCAUCUCUUUUGACAGAGUCUGCUGUACUUGAGAAACUGAGGAGAAAAGAAAGGGAAUUGCUUCUAAACACAAGAUAUCAAAGAGAUAGCAGUGAUGACUGAACCAACAGAUGCUGAGAGACAGAAGAAAAAAGUGAUUCCCAGUGGCCUGAGUGGGCGAAGAGCACUCCCACCUAAUGUCUCCAAUGAAGAAGAAGAUGAGGUUCCUACCAUGGAGACGACUGGACUUGUGCCAAGGGGAUUUAAGCUGGAAGAUGCCUUGGAAGUCCUGGAAGUCCGUGUGUUCAGCCGUGAAGAUGAAAUUAAUAAAAAGGAGCAUCAUACAGACAAGUACUCCAACCACAAACUGAUUGUGCGCCGAGGCCAGUCAUUCCAUAUCCAGAUUUCUUUCAACCGCCCUUACAAUCCAGAAAAAGACACAAUUUGGAUUGAAUAUUUAAUAGGGCGAUACCCACAACAAGCCAAAGGCACGUACAUCAAAGUCCAAUUGGUUGAAGAGCUGCAAAGUAGGGAAUGGGGUGCCAAGAUCACCCGCAGCGAAGGGCAGUUUGUAGCCUUGAAUAUCAUGCCAGCUGCAAACUGUGUUGUGGGGAAAUUCCGCAUGUACAUUGCAAUCUCAACUCCAAUUGGCAUUCUGAGGACAAGAAGAAACCCAGCCACAGACACAUAUAUACUGUUCAACCCCUGGUGUACAGAGGAUCUCGUUUAUCUGGAUGAUGAAAAACAAAGGCAAGAAUAUGUCCUGAAUGACCUUGGGGUUAUUUUCUAUGGAGACCCUGAAAAUAUAAGAUCCAGAAGCUGGAAUUAUGGCCAGUUUGAAGAGGGUGUUUUGGAUGCUUGCCUAUACGUGAUGGACAGAGCAGAAUUGGAUCUUUCAGGCCGAUGGAAUCCACUGAAAAUCAGUCGUGUGGGCUCUGCAAUGAUUAAUGCUAAAGAUGAUGAGGGUGUGAUUGUCGGGUCAUGGUCCAAUGUUUAUGAUUAUGGAGUUGCACCAUCAGCUUGGACUGGAAGUGUGGACAUCUUGUUGGAGUAUCAUAGUUCCAGAGAGCCAGUACGAUAUGGCCAGUGCUGGGUCUUUGCAGGAGUGUUCAACACAUUUUUGAGAUGCCUGGGGAUUCCUGCAAGAGUUGUCACUAACUUUUGCUCAGCCCAUGACAAUGAUGCCAAUUUGCAGAUGGAUGUCUUUGUGGAUGAAAAUGGAAAAGUGGAUUCCAAACUCACAAAAGAUUCAAUCUGGAAUUACCAUUGCUGGAAUGAAGCUUGGAUGUCCAGACCUGAGCUUCCUGUUGGUUUUGGAGGCUGGCAAGCUGUGGAUAGCACCCCUCAAGAGAACAGUGAUGGCAUGUAUCGAUGCGGUCCUGCUUCUGUUCAAGCCAUCAAACACGGCCAUGUCUGCUUCCCAUUUGAUACACCUUUUGUUUUUGCAGAGGUAAACAGCGAUGUUGUAUACUCAAAAGCAAUGCAGAAUGGUGUUAAACUCGUUCAACAUGUUGACAAGACCCAGAUUGGUAGAUUAAUUGUGACAAAAGAAGAAGGUACAGAUAAGGUGAAGAUCAUCACUGAGCAAUACAAAUUCCAAGAAGGAACAGAGGAAGAAAGACUUGCCCUGGAGACAGCCCUGAUGUAUGGUGUUAAAAAAAACAUUCCCCAGGAUGUCGUACCCACUUUGGAGGUUGACAUGGACUUUGUGGUGGAAGACCCGACCCUUGGCAGUGAUUUCAAUGUCACAAUUACUUUCCAAAACAAUACCCAGAGCCGUUACACUGCAACAUCAUAUCUUUCUGGCAACAUUGUAUUUUAUACUGGUGUCUCAAAGAAUGAAUUCAAGAACCACAGUUUCAAUGUGACACUGGAACCGAUGAAAGCUCAAACUGUCGAGGUGCUAAUCAAGUCGAGCGAGUACAUGAGCCAGUUGCUGGAACAAGCCUCCCUGCAUUUCUUCGUCACAGCCCGUGUCAAUGAAACACAAAAAAUCCUGGCCCAGCAGAAGAGCGUAGCUCUGAAAAUCCCCCAGCUGCUCCUUAAGGUUCCUGGAGAGAAAGUAGUUGGUAAAGACAUGGCAGUGAUUGUGGAAUUUGCCAACCCAUUGAAACAGGACCUCAACAAUGUCAGGGUUCAACUGGAUGGGCCUGGUCUCCUGAAGCCAACCUCAAAAUUGUUCAGAGAGAUUCCAAGGAAUUCAACCUUGACCUGGGAAGAAAAAUGCGUUCCAAAGCGGGCUGGCCUCCGAAAACUGAUUGCAAGCUUGAAUUGUGAUGCCUUACGGCAUGUCUACGGGGAGCUGGACAUCAAUAUUCAGAGUGCUGUGUAAAGCUUUUUAUCUGUCUUUCUUUCUCAUCUUUCCCUUUCAGUAUUUCAGGAAUUUCAUUACACAAAAACACAGGUUAAAUGUAUUAUUGCAAGAGUCAUAAUCCAAGAGUCAUAAUCACAUUAUAUAUACUUGAUUAGUAUUUUGUUGUUUUACUGUUUGUAACCUGCUGCACAAAAAUCAGAAACCUCUCUUUAUAUCCCCCCCCCCCAUUUUUAAAAAAGUAGGCCACAAUCAAUUGGAUCUACCUCAUAGAAAGGGAGGGGGGAAUCAUAAGAGUGCAAUCCUUCAUGGAUUAUGUCUUUUAUGUAGUUUGAGGAUUUCCAGCCAAGGCAACAUUUGCCCUGAUUUCAUUUACAAUUAGCCACCUGCAUCCAGGGAUUCUUUAUUCACAAAUUCAACCACCCAUGGCUUGAAAAUAUCCUCUCUUCCCAAAUACCCAAAAGCAAACCUUGAUUUUUGGCAUUUCAUAUAAGGGGUGCCAUUUUAUGAUGCCAUUGCAUAUAAUGGGAUAGGAGCCCUCGGUGAAGCUGUGGGUUAAACCCCAUGUGCCUGCAGGACUGAAGACGAGUUCAAAUCCAGGGAGAGAGUGGAUGAGCUCCCUCUGUCAGCUCCAGCUCCUCAUGCAGGUACAUGAGAGAAGCCUCCCACAAAGAUGACAAAAUAUCAAAACAUCCUGGUGUCCCCUUGGCAACGUCCUUGCAGACAGCCAAUUCUCUCACACUAGAAGCAACUUGCAGUUUCUCAAGUUGCUCCUGACAUGGAUAUAUAUAUAUAUAUAUAGGGAUUGAUCACCCAUGGAUAUUGAUAUCCGUGGCAGGUGGGUCCUGGAAGAAAACCCAAGUAGAUACCAAGGACUCGCUGUCUAUCCUUCUGUUUCUCAAAUCAAUACAUCUGACCUUUUCGUCAUUACAUUUCUGUGAAGGAGAUUAGUCUGAGGAAGAAUGAAUGGGCCAAGAAGAUCCAUGAGAUUUAUGUCCAAGUAGAGAUUUAAAUCCAAUUCUCCCAAAUCACAGCAUAACACUCUAGCAAAAAGAUGGGAUUUGUGUACUAUGUGAACUGAAUGAAGCCUCCCAAGACCUCCCACAUGGCCUGCAGACAUUCCAGGACCCUUAAACUCUUCCCAUCUCCCUGUGAAAGAGGUAUUUAAAGGUUCUUCCAAUCUUCCACAGCCCAAACUAGACUUUUUAAAUUUUCAAAACCAGAAGUAAUCAUUUUUGGUUUUAAUGAAAGUAGCAGGUACACUUGUCCAAGGUUUCAUGUUUUGUGAGAAUGGGGUGGACUUCAAUGGCUAACCAUCCCUUCUUUAAUAAUCCCAGCAUGCUACUGAUGUGGUAUUUGUCC